CCUUGUAUGGUUUGGGAAAGCUGAGGCUGUUACCUGAAGUCAGGAGGAUCAGAACGACCAUGAAUGGACACUGCCUUCUCCAAGGAGUUGUUUUUUUCCUCUUCAGUCUCCUAGCGAGUGCUCAAGACAGCAGACAGCUCCGCCUGGUGGACGGGGGAGGUCCCUGUGCUGGGAGAGUGGAGAUCUUUCACCAGGGCUCUUGGGGCACCAUCUGUGAUGACUACUGGGACCUGCACGAUGCCCACGUGGUAUGCAGACAGCUGGGCUGUGGAGAGGCCCUCGAAGCCCUGUUCUUGGCUCCCUUCGGGCAAGGAUCAGACCCCAUCUGGCUAGAUGACGUGAACUGCACAGGAAAGGAGUCCCACCUGUGGAAGUGCUCUUCCCGGGACUGGGGGCAGCACAACUGCGAUCACCAGGAGGAUGCAGGGAUCAUCUGCUCAGGAUUUGUGCGUCUGGUUGGUGGGGAUGGACUCUGCUCAGGGCAAGUGGAAGUGCGUUCUGGAAGAGAAUGGAUUCCGAUGUCUAUUGGGAAUUUCACACUUCCCACUGCCCAGGUCAUCUGUGCAGAGCUGGGGUGUGGCAAGGCUGUGUCCAUCCUAGUAGAUGUGCCCUUCAAAGAGUCAGAUGGACAAGUCUUGGCUGAAGAGUUCUGGUGUGAGGGGCAGGAGCCUCAGCUCUGGUUCUGCCCCAGAGUGCCCUGUCCAGGAGGUACUUGCCACCAUAGUGGGGCUGUUCAAGUUGUCUGUUCAGAGUACACAGAAGUCCGGCUCGUGAAAAAUGGCACCUCUCAGUGUGAGGGACAAGUGGAGAUGAAUAUUUCUGGAAAAUGGAGAAUGCUCUGUGCUUCCCACUGGAAUAUGGCCAAUGCCAAUGUUGUCUGUCAUCAGCUUGGCUGUGGAGUUGCCACCUCUACCCCAAAAGGAGUAUACUUUGUGGAAGGAGAUGAUCAGAUCUGGAAAGCCCAAUUUCACUGCUCAGGGGCUGAGUCCUUCUUGUGGAAUUGCCCUAUGACUGCCCUGGGCAUUCCUGACUGCACCCCUGGAAACACAGCCUCUGUGAUCUGCUCAGGAAACCAGACCCAGCUGCUGGCCCAGUGCAAUGACUCUGUGUCUGAACCAGCAGGCUCUGCAGCCUCAGAAAAGAGAGCUGCCAACUGCUCAGACAGCAGACAGCUCCGCCUGGUGGAUGGGGGUGGUCCCUGUGCCGGCAGAGUGGAGAUCCUUCACCAGGACACCUGGGGCACCAUCUGUGAUGACAGCUGGGACCUGAACGAUGCCCAUGUGGUGUGCAGACAGCUGGGCUGUGGAGAAGCCCUCAAUGCCACAGUCUCUGCUCACUUCGGGGUGGGAUCAGACCCCAUCUGGCUGGACGACCUGAACUGUACAGGAAAGGAGUCCCACGUGUGGAAUUGCCCUUCCCGGGGCUGGGGGCAGCAUGACUGCAGGCACAAGGAGGACGCAGGCGUCAUCUGCUCAGAGUUUCUGACCCUCAGGAUGCUGAGCGAGGACCAGGAGUGUGCUGGGUGGCUGGAAAUUUUCUACAACGGGACCUGGGGCAGUGUCUGCCGCAACCGCUUGGAAGCCAUGACCUUGUCUGUGAUCUGCAGACAGCUUGGCUGUGGGGACAGUGGGACCCUCAACUCUUCUGUUGCCUUUAGAGAAGGUUCUAGACCCCGGUGGGUAGAUGGCAUCCAGUGUCGGAAAACUGAUACCUCUCUCUGGCAGUGUCCUUCUGACCCUUGGAAAUACAGUUCAUGUCCUCCAUCACAGGAAGCUUAUAUCACAUGUACAGGAAUGAGACCCAAGAGCUGUCCAACUGCUGCCCCCUGCACAGACAAAGAGAAGCUCCGACUGAGAGGAGGAGACACCAAGUGCUCAGGGAGAGUGGAGGUUUGGCAUGAGGGCUCCUGGGGCACCGUGUGUGAUGACUCCUGGAGCCUGGCAGAGGCCGAAGUGGUGUGUCAGCAGCUGGGCUGUGGCUCUGCCCUGGACGCCCUGCCGAAGGCAGCGUUUGGCCCAGGAAAUGGGAGGAUCUGGCUGGAUGAGGUGCAGUGCAGGGGCAGGGAGUCCUCCCUGUGGGCCUGUGCUGCGAAGCCCUGGGGGCAGAGCAACUGCAAGCAUGAGGAGGAUGCUGGAGUGAGGUGCUCUGGUGAGUGGAGGACCAGGGCCCUGGGCUGGAAUCGAAGGAUAUAUGAGGUUGCAUCCAGAAGCACCUCCUGAACUAACCUGCUGUUCUCUGCUCUGGCUCCAGGAGAUGGUAUUUCCUAAUCUCCUGGGAUCUGGGAGAAAACAAUAUGCCAGCGGUUGGUAGGUGUAACCCUAUGGCUUUGCCAGGCCAAGUCAGUAUAGUGAGCCUAUUCUCCUUCUCUUCUCUGCAGGUAAGAGGACAGCAG